AGACAAACGGGAGGAGAGGCCAUGAGCAGAAUGGGCUGAGGUUCUGAGCGAACUGAGGGCGCAGCUGUCCAUGAGCCAGUUGGAGUGGGGAUCACACUGCCAAUCAGGGUUCACAGCUGGCUUGGAUGAGCACUGGUCCCUCUCUGCUUCAGCAAGGCUAGCCAUUUUACCCCCUCUUCUCUGUCCUCUGAUGGUCCUGAACUCACCACCCCGAUACUUCUAACAGGGUGCAUCAGCUGCCAUGGGGAGAGCAGCCCUGACCUGGUUGCAAGACCAGCCCUGACCUCACGGCUUCUUCAUGAAUGUAAUUAGACAAAGAGAAAAAGAAAGAGGAUGUAUGCAGUGGAUGGGGCUGGCAGGACUUCCAGAGACACACGACAGUCCCUCUGCUGUGCAGUGGUGCCUUGGCUCUGCCAUGCUGCCCAUAGACAGCAUCUGCAGACCAUGGCCUCAUGUAAUGUGAGAUGUGAGGUAAGGAAUGGAUGAGUCACCUACACCUUUGGCAGCCCUGCCAAUCCCCCCCACCAUGGGGCUCACUGGCUCUGCCUCGGGCUGGUCAUGAUGGUUGAAUAGAAGGGUAAGCAGGGUCCAAGGUGGGGUGUGGUUGCCUGCUGAUCAUGAGUUGUGUGCCCAAGGAGAAUGGGGAGAGCGAGGUUGCCCUGUGCCCAGUGGGGCCAGCUCUUGGCACUUUGCUCCUGUCUGACAUCCUGUCUCAGCUAUGGUGAACACAGUGGUGCUGCACUAUGCUUCGUGCUUGUUAUCCCUUCCAUAUGCACCUAGAAUUGCAGCCCAGAAUCCAGCCAACACUGUAUUCCUGGAGCCAGGGGUGGCACCAAGCACAGACUCUAUUUUCUCCAUCAUAAACUUUCCUGUUUCUAUGCCUAGCCACCCUGCUGGCAGAUGGGAGGUGGCAGGAGACCUCCUCCCCCACUGCUGAGAUCCCGUGUGGAGGUGGGGACUGCAGACAGACUGCAGAGCUGCCUCCCGUGGGGCCCACAGCGGGCGGGACCAGAGCCAACGCUUGCAGCCCAGCUUCCUUGCUUUGUCCCUGAGCUCUGGGAAACAGGGCUGCUGGCUUUCUGUCUGCCUCAGACACUGUCUUCCAUUCUGAAAGCAGAAGGUCUGGUUGGGUCAAACUACAUUUUAAAUGUAAGGGUUUCCUGAAAAAUGUCUGUCCUUUGCAGAGAAGAAAUUCUUUAAAGUAUGGCUCCACCUAUCAGUUUUGGUUAUGUUAAGAUGUGCUGUGUCCUCAGGCAACCCAGGCUGUGUUACCCUAGGGCUGACCAUCAUGCUGCCAACCUCUCCCAGUGCAGGCAGAAAUGAGCACCAGUCACCCAGCAGGCUUUAGGAACCAUGGUGUUGGGCUGUCCAGGCUGAGGAGAGCAGCUUACCUGCCUUGUGCUGCAAGAUGGAGAAGGAGUUCUAAGACCACAGAGUGCCCUGGGCUCCUUCUGGGGAUUUAGCACGCACCUUCUCCAGUGCAUUAGCUCAUCUUGGAGGGCCGGGGUACCGCACAGCACAGCCCAGUGUCAGCUGCUUUUCCAGGCCCAUUUGUGGACCAGAGCUGGUGCAGCGUUUGGACAUGUGAUGCUCCCAUGUGCCAAGUGCUUCUCUCUUGCUCCCGUUUAGUAGGUGCCCAGACAGGUGUGUGGUUGUCUCACCAGAUAACACUGUGUGUGCUGUCCUCCUCAUCCCAGCUCACAGUAAGUGCUCAGCACACAUCAGUGGAAAUGGCCCAUCACACGACAGGAGGGAUCCCAUAGCACUGCCAGGUACCUGGGGUCUGGUGAGUUCUGUCCCUGUAGAGCUCUCCAAUGCCAAAAGAUGGCAGCAACUCUCUGUUGGUGCAUUUAGAAUGCAGGAACAUGCAUAGCAUGCUCCUUGGACAGAUUCUGUGGCGGUGUCAUUUGUGAGUUGUCCAGGACUUGAUUUCCUGCAGAGACAGUAUCCCUGACCAUGGCUAUGGGUAUCAUGGCAGCCUUAUUUGGGACGUUGUAUAGUUUUGUAGGGGUUGGUGGUGCCGAGCAAAGUGACGGGGAGUGGCUGACUUUGUCCUUUCUUUCCAGCAGAGCUGCGGAGCCUGGGUGAGGCUGCCAUGUGGAGCUGUGGCCUAUUCAAUGGCACAGCACAAGGCGAGGAGCAGCUGUGCCAGGACCUGCGCCUAGGGCUCUGGGUCCUCUCACUGCUCUACCUGGUGGCUGGUGUCCCUGUUGGCUUGGGCUACAAUGCAUUGCUGGUGCUGGUGAACCUGAGCAGCAAGAGCAGUAUGACUAUGCCGGAUGUGUACUUUGUGAACAUGGCCGUGGCAGGCCUGGUGCUCAGUGCCCUGGCCCCUGUGCACCUCCUUGGGCCACCCCACACCAGGUGGGCAUUGUGGAGCCUCAGCAGUGAGGCACAUGUGACACUGCUGAUCCUGUUCAAUGUGGCCUCCCUAGUGACCAUGUACUCGACUGCCCUGCUCAGCCUGGACUUCUACAUCGAGCGCGCCCUGCCACGUACCUACAUGGCCAGUGUGUAUAACACGCGACAUGUAUGUGGCUUUGUCUGGGGUGGGGCACUGCUCACCAGCUUUUCCUCCUUACUCUUUUACAUUUGCAGCCAUGUGUCCUCUCGGGUUGCCGAGUGUGCCAAGAUGCAGAACACAGAGGCUGCUGAUGCCAUCCUGGUGCUCAUUGGGUAUGUGGUGCCAGGCCUGGCUGUGCUGUACGCUCUGGCACUCAUCUCUCGGAUCCGAAAAGAGGACACGCCCCUGGACCAGGACACAGGGAGGCUAGACCCCUGGGUGCACAAGCUGCUGGUGGCCACUGUGUGCACACAGUUUGGGCUCUGGACACCUCACUACCUGAGCCUCCUGGGGCACACGGUGCUGGUCUCUCAGGGGAAGCCAGUGGAUGGGCACUACCUGGGGAUCCUGCACUUUGCUAAAGAUCUAUCCAAGUUCCUGGCCUUCUCCAGUAGCUCUGUGACACCACUGCUCUACCGCCACAUCAACAGAAACUUCCCUAGCAAACUCCGGCGACUGAUAAAGAAAAUGCACUGUGGGCUCCGGCGUUGCUCCCUGGACCCCUCAGGGGUCCAGCCAGUGAUGGCACAGGCCUAGGGAGAAUGCUGGGUGGCAGUGACCAUGCUGGGGGCUUCACCUGCUCCACCUUGGCUGCAUGUCCUGGGAGAUGAGUUGUCCAUGAGGAAAUCCAAGUUCAACUGGAUGUGUAGCACUUUGUUACCUGGAUACUUGGCGCUUUCUUCCUAGACAGAGAUGCACUGCUGCAAGAUCAGCACAAGGGAUAUUUUUCUUGAGGUUUUCUGUUUUCCCCCAAAAGGCUCAUCUUAGGCAGGCCAUGCUGGGAAAACAUAGGAGUGUUGUGUGAGGGACAGGCUGCCUCAGCUCCCCACCUGCUCCUGGAGAUGGGGCAUCUCUGCUAAAGACAUCUUUCAGGCAAUGUCUUUAGUGAAAUGACCUUCAGCCUCAACACCAGGCUUUCAGAAUGCAGUGAUAAAAUCUAAAGCCAGUAUUUAUUCUUUGUAUUGCCACAGUACUUGACCACCCCCUCCACCUGGUCUUCUAGAGAUAUUUGAUAGAAAAAUGACAAAUGUUAAGAUGAAGGAAACAGUAUAAAGAAGGUAACAUCACUGCGAGCUGGCAGCCUGGGCUGAGGAUGGCACAUAGUGUGUGCAGCCGCAUGGAGCCAUGAUGGCCCCUAUGUGCUGGCUUUAAGGGUAUAACUGGAGCAUUGUGGGUCCUCACCCACCAUGCAACCUUGAUGCCCUGCCCAAAAGAUAGCACCAGCUAGUUUCCUUCCGUACAGACCUGUCCCUCUAAACACGUUCCCCAGAGUGCACAUAAAACUAAAGAAUACAAAUGAGCUCAAGAAGGAAGGAAUCCUAACAUACUAUGUAGGGCACCUGUGUUAGUGAGAGAUGAAAGGGAGGACAGGAUGGCGGGAAGCUGGUUCCCCAAGGUGCCUGGGUGUGGCAUCCAUGGCAGCCUGUGGGGCCUGUUCUGUGUGGAGCUGCACCUGGGUGUCAGCAGUGGGUCAGCAAAGGUGAGACAACCACGGCCUCCUCAGCCCUGCUUUUUGUUGUUUUGGUUUUUAUACUGGGGAUCAAACUCAGGACCUUGCUCUUGCAGGUGGUGGCACCACUAAGCUAAAUCCCGGCCCAACCCUGCUACUUUUACCUACCCUCAUCUCACCACACCUUCUAUGCCCUCUGCUCCAGUUCUUUAGGAUUUAAUUAUAGGCCCACAGCCCCAAGUCCCCAAUUUUGAAACCUAGGCAGAUCUGUAAGCAGGAAGACUUUCCCCAAGUGACCUCCAGAAAUGCUGUGAAGCACCCCGAUUCUACAGUAAGGCCCUGAUGGGGCGCUGUCCAGGCCUGGGGUAACACAUGACAGGCAGGCCUGCAGCUGCCUUUGGAGCACAUCUGCCCGGGGCUGUGCAGUGUGAGCCUGCAUUCUGGCCUGCUUAUCAAUGGUGCCUGGAGCUCUGCUCCGUCUCUUGGGAAAUUCAACCAGCCACGAGUUGCUUGCUUUAGUUGUAUUUACUGUACAUAAACCAUUUCUCCUCAUUUGUGAUGUACUUGAGUUACUUUGUUUUGUGAAGAAUUAUGAAGAUACACUGGAUGUGCUGGCUGUGGGUCCAUCGUCUGCCCCUAGCAGCUGUGAUACACUCGGCAAUUUCUGUGGAGCCCAGUUCCUUAUCCAUAAACUAUGGGGCUGAAGUGGAAAGCUGUUCUCUUGAGUUGUUUCUCACUGUGAAAUUUUUGUCUUUAGGUGUGCCAGGGUCUUAUUCAAACUUUAAGGCUGUAGGCCGGCCUGUCUCUUCUUGAGCACAGAGUCUGAAGAGGGUCUACUGCUCACAGAAGUAGUCUCCAGGCUUCUGAACUGGAUGGCUCUACUUAGAACCUCAGUUCUGCUUGCUGAGGAAGUGAUAACCCCAACUGUGCAGAUUCCAGCCCUGCCCCACCUUACAGGAGGCAGCUGGCUGGUGCCUGCUUGUCUGUAAUUCUCUUAUGGGUGAGCAGGCCCAGGGGCCAAGGCCAAGCCAAGGCAGGCCAACUUUUCCAGUCAGUAGGAGAAACAGGCUGUAGAUGGGGAGGGCUAUUUGUGGUGGUGAUAUCUUUGCUUAAAGUAAAAGACCACAGUCAGGUGUGGUGGCAUAUGCUUGUAUAAUCCAGCACUGAGGAGGCCGAGGCAGGAGGAUCACUAUGAGUUCCAGGCCAGUCUGGGCUACAUAGUGAGUUAAAGUCAGCCUGAACUACAUAGUGACUUUCCCCCUGGAUUAUACUAUCUGUUCCUUUUGCUCCAAGUAAAGGGCUCCUGGGAAGGGGCAGACCCCACCCUACACAGGCCAGGAAAGGUACAAGUUCUCUGCCUUUCUGGAAUCCUUCCACCCAACCAGUCUUCCCUAGUGCGGGAAGAGGGGCCCACAUGUCUCUUUCAAUUGCUCAGUGGCUUUGGGUGCAAACUGGCUAAGUCCUGGGGUAGCCAUGCGAUUCACCCCCACCUGCCCACAGGGACAGGCCCAGUAGAUGCCAGUAGUCUGGGUGGGUUCUUCUAGUAAGGCUAAGGAGGGCACAUCCUUCUCUGCCUGUACUAGCCUUUGUAGCAGCCCCCACAUGCUCACUACAUGGUCCCUGUUCUGACACCUGCUCCUUUGUGCUGUGCUAAACUUGGCCUGGAGGAUCCUGUGUGCCUCACCUGUCUCUUAACCUCCAAAAUGUUUGAUCCCCAGUUCUUCUGCUAUGUUUCCAAAAAAGGACGCUGAAAGAACUCAAGCUCCUCAGAGAGUGAGGAACUCUCUGACGAAAGCUGAAGGGGACCAUGAGUUCAGUCCUUGUCUCUUCACAUGAACUGAACAUGCUAGGCAAGCUUUUAUUAACUUGUGUUUGAGGGCCACGAGUAUUGUACCAACUAGUUCUCGACUAUUAUUUAAAACUAAUGAUCUUAUUUUUGUUAAUCUACCAGAAAAGUCUUCCAUGUUUCAUUAUUUAAGAUUCUAAAAAGUGAAUUUUAUCUUGAAUUUCCUUCACAAAGGUUUUAUGAUUGGUUGUAGGAAACAUGGCAGAUACACCAUGAAAUCAACAAACACUGCUCUUUUAUAAAAAGGCAACUCGCAAAGCAUAAAAGAGGAAUAAAUUAAGAAGUUAUACUAUAUAUUAAAUUCUUGAAUUUAAAACUGAUUUGAAAUUGGGAGCCUUCUGACUUCUGGCCUGUGGUCUCUACCCCAGUGGCUGUGCCUGCGGGCCUGAGGGUCUGUGAAUCUGAAAAAGAAGAAACUGCUAGAGGAGGCCCCACGCUUUAAGACUAUUAAAUUAUUUAACACUAGUUAUAUAAUUUCUGGAUUCUUAAAAUGUGUCUUUCUAUGGGUGUGUGAUAUAUAUCGGAAAACCAGCACAGGAAGUACUUGGUUAUACCUUCAUAGCAUGAAUGUCAAGGUUUCUACUUAUUUCUCUAUAGUUUGUCUUAACAGAAAUUAUAUCAGACUAAUAAACCAAUAGCCAUGUAGUUCC